AUGCCGCGUCGAUCGUGCAGAGCUGUCCGGCUGGGCUGGGUUCGCCCUCGCUGUCCGUCCCUGACUGUAUCCACUGGGGACCUACAGAAGAGGCCCCCGCCACUGGUCCACCGUAUUCCCCAGUCUCCCUGGGUUAAUUCCAUGGACGAGUGUCUGAACAUGGCUGACAGCAGCCUGUCUUUAGAAGAUGAUGAGGCUUUAGCUGAUUCCCAGGAGCACCCUGGGCGCGUGGCGGUUGUCCACACGAAGCGAUAUGCAGUGGAGAAGGCUUGGGACUUACUCAUCGGAGUCUUUUCCUCAAUGUUCUUGUGUGGCCAGCACGACUCAGUGCCGACUCUGUCGGCUUCCAGGAUGCCCCGAAGCUCAAUGAUUCUGAAGGUGGUCUCUACUAAGGGCAGAGCAACGCUCAGUUUUGUUCUGGCGCAGCCCGUCCUGAUUAUAUGGUCUUUCCUCACUGGCUACCUCUCGACUCAAUCUAGGAAGGAGAUACAGAUUAGUGCUCUCCAAGAGAGCAGCCAAAGCAAAAGCAAAAGAAUGCGAGCAAAGAAAAAGAAAGACCUCAUUACUUUGGGAAAAGGUGAAGGAUCUGCCAAGCAGGAGAAAGAUUCCCCAGUCACCAAGAGGCCUUCUGGUCAGGGAAAGGACUCUGAUGGCGAUGUGAGUGCCCCAUCUGCAUUUGGACGUCUGAUUGUCAACAAUGUGCUCUCUUCUUUUACACCCAGGCCGGGUCCUUUGGGUGGGGGUAUCUGUUUCAAGAACUCAGCAAAGAGCUGUAUUAAAAAAUCCCAGAUAGCCUUCAAGAGCUCAUACAAACGAAAUGCCAUUGCCAGCUCCUACAGUUCCACUCUAGCACAGUGGCCACCAGAGAGAAUUUAUGCACGUGAUACCCGAGCUGCUGUCCCUGGCACUGCUUCAGGCGCGGCCACAGGUGCUGCUGCACGUGCACAUGCUACCGGAGGGGCUGCCCCAGAUGCUGCUGCAGGUGCUCCUAGAGCUGCUGCUGCAGGUGCUACCCAAGGCGCUGCCCCUGACGCCGUUUCAUGGGCUGCCAAAGGCGAUGCUGCACGUGCAACCCGAGGUGCUGCCCCUAGUGCUGCUACAGGUGCUGUCCCAGGUGCUGCUGCAGGUGCUGUCCCAGGUGCUGCUGCAGGUGCUGUCCCAGGUGCUGCUCCAGGUGCUGCUUCAGGUGCUGCUGCAGAUGCUGCUCCAGGUGCUGCUUCAGGUGCUGCUGCAGAUGCUGCCCUAGGUGCUGCUGCAGAUGCUGCUCCAGGUGGUGCUUCAGGUGCUGCUGCAGAUGCUGCCCUAGGUGCUGCUGCAGAUGCUGCUCCAGGUGGUGCUUCAGGUGCUGCUGCAGAUGCUGCCCUAGGUGCUGCUGCAGAUGCUGCUCCAGGUGCUGCUUCAGGUGCUGCUGCAGAUGCUGCCCUAGGUGCUGCUGCAGAUGCUGCUCCAGGUGGUGCUUCAGGUGCUGCUGCAGAUGCUGCCCUAGGUGCUGCUGCAGAUGCUGCUCCAGGUGGUGCUUCAGGUGCUGCUGCAGAUGCUGCCCUAGGUGCUGCUGCAGAUGCUGCUCCAGGUGGUGCUUCAGGUGCUGCUGCAGAUGCUGCCCUAGGUGCUGCUGCAGAUGCUGCCCCAGGCGCUGCUUCAGGUGAUGCUGCAGAUGCUGCCCCAAGUGCUGCUUCAGGUGCUGCUGCAGAUGCUGCUCCAGGCGCUGCUUCAGGUGCUGCCCCAGGUGCUGCUGCAGAUGCUGCCCCAGGUGCUGUCCCAGGUGCUGCUCCAGGUGCUGCUCCAGGUGCUGCUUCAGGGGCUGCUGCAGACGCUCUGCCACUCCCCAGCCCAGCCUCAUCCCGGUCAAAGCGGGCUGCAAAGAAAGGCAGAGAGAAAGGCCGCUCAGCUUCAGGUGACCCUAUCCCAGGUGCUGCACCACCACUCCCCAGCUCAACCUCGUCGCGGUCGAAGGGGGCUCCAAAGAAAGGCAGUGAGAAAGGUCCCGAAGCUUCAGGUGACUCGAAAAAAAAGGAAAAGAAAAAGAGGAAGGCCAAGAAAGCAGCUAUCACAGAUGCUCCUCAAGUCAAGCAAGGAGACCCAAGGAACGACCUCCCUGCGCCUGAUAUCCCAAAGCCUGUGAGACGCAAGGUCCCUCUGUUGCCGCCUCAUAGAAGAGACAUCCCAUUGAUUUUGCCCCCACCUCUAGAACUAUCCUGUCGAAUCACGGCAGAAGACUUUGACUUAGAGAAGAAAACUGCCAUGCAGUGGAUCAACAGGGUCUUGAGGGAUGAUGGAGCCAAGGCCCGAUGUAAUUAAUUGACCUGAGGAUGGCUGCAUGCCACUGGAUACAUAAUACUGAUCUCCAAGCCCGAGUGACCAGUUUCUGUACUCUGUGUAGUA